GUUCGGGAGGCUUCUGGAAAAGGCGCCGCGCGCUGGGCGGGCCCGCGUCUAUAUAAGGGAGGCGCGGGGGCGGCGCGCCAGUUGCUUCUGCGUCCCGGUGUCGCUGCGCGGAGCGGUGCGGUCAUUCAGCCAAGAUGCCCGAAGAAACCCAGACCCAGGAUCAGCCGAUGGAGGAGGAGGAGGUCGAGACCUUCGCCUUCCAGGCGGAGAUCGCCCAGUUGAUGUCGCUGAUCAUCAACACCUUCUACUCGAACAAAGAAAUCUUCCUGCGGGAGCUCAUCUCCAACUCCUCGGACGCUCUGGACAAAAUCCGAUAUGAAAGCUUGACAGAUCCUAGCAAAUUAGAUUCUGGAAAGGAGCUGCACAUCAAUAUCAUUCCCAACAAGCAAGAUCGCACCCUCACCAUUGUGGAUACCGGCAUCGGCAUGACUAAGGCCGAUUUGAUCAACAACCUUGGUACUAUCGCCAAGUCUGGCACCAAAGCCUUCAUGGAGGCUUUGCAGGCCGGUGCAGAUAUCUCUAUGAUUGGCCAGUUCGGUGUUGGAUUUUAUUCGGCCUAUCUAGUUGCUGAGAAGGUGACUGUCAUCACCAAACACAACGAUGAUGAGCAGUAUGCCUGGGAGUCCUCGGCGGGGGGCUCGUUCACCGUGAGGACUGACACAGGGGAACCUAUGGGCCGGGGAACAAAGGUUAUCUUGCAUCUGAAGGAAGACCAAACAGAAUACUUGGAAGAAAGACGAAUCAAGGAAAUUGUGAAGAAACAUUCUCAGUUCAUUGGCUAUCCCAUUACCCUUUUUGUUGAGAAAGAACGUGAUAAGGAGGUCAGUGAUGACGAGGCUGAAGAAAAGGAGGAUAAAGAGGAGGAAAAGGAAAAGGAAGAAAAGGAGUCAGAUGACAAACCUGAAAUAGAGGAUGUUGGUUCUGAUGAAGAAGAAGAAGAAAAGAAGGAUGGUGACAAGAAGAAGAAGAAGAAAAUUAAGGAAAAGUACAUUGAUCAGGAAGAACUCAAUAAGACAAAGCCAAUUUGGACCAGAAACCCUGAUGAUAUCACUAAUGAGGAGUACGGAGAGUUCUAUAAGAGCUUGACCAAUGAUUGGGAAGAUCACCUGGCAGUGAAACAUUUCUCCGUCGAAGGACAGUUGGAAUUCAGAGCUCUUCUUUUUGUCCCGCGACGCGCUCCUUUUGAUCUAUUUGAAAAUAGAAAGAAAAAGAACAACAUUAAGCUGUAUGUCCGCAGAGUUUUCAUCAUGGAUAACUGUGAGGAGCUGAUCCCUGAGUAUCUGAACUUCAUCCGAGGGGUGGUGGACUCUGAGGAUCUCCCUCUAAAUAUUUCCCGUGAAAUGUUACAACAAAGCAAAAUUCUGAAAGUUAUCAGGAAGAAUUUGGUCAAAAAAUGCCUAGAAUUGUUCACUGAGUUGGCAGAAGAUAAAGAGAACUACAAGAAGUUUUAUGAACAGUUCUCUAAAAAUAUAAAGCUUGGAAUCCAUGAGGACUCCCAGAAUCGGAAGAAGCUUUCUGAGCUCUUACGCUACUACACCUCUGCUUCUGGGGACGAGAUGGUUUCUCUAAAGGACUACUGCACCAGGAUGAAGGAAAACCAGAAGCACAUCUAUUACAUCACAGGUGAAACCAAGGACCAGGUGGCUAACUCUGCCUUCGUGGAGCGCCUGCGCAAGCAUGGCUUGGAAGUGAUCUACAUGAUCGAGCCCAUCGACGAGUACUGUGUCCAGCAGCUCAAGGAGUUUGAGGGGAAGACGUUAGUGUCAGUCACCAAAGAGGGCUUGGAACUCCCAGAAGAUGAAGAGGAGAAGAAAAAACAGGAAGAGAAAAAGACAAAGUUUGAAAAUCUGUGCAAGAUCAUGAAAGACAUCUUGGAGAAGAAGGUUGAAAAGGUUGUCGUGUCAAACCGAUUGGUGACGUCCCCAUGCUGCAUUGUCACGAGCACGUACGGCUGGACGGCGAACAUGGAACGAAUCAUGAAGGCCCAAGCCCUUCGAGACAACUCAACCAUGGGCUACAUGGCAGCAAAGAAACACCUGGAGAUCAAUCCCGAUCACUCCAUUAUUGAGACCUUGAGACAGAAGGCAGAAGCUGACAAGAACGACAAGUCUGUGAAGGAUCUGGUCAUCCUGCUCUAUGAAACGGCGCUCCUGUCCUCCGGCUUCAGCCUGGAGGAUCCACAGACCCAUGCGAACCGCAUCUACAGGAUGAUUAAACUCGGGCUAGGUAUUGAUGAGGAUGACCCCACCGCCGAUGACACCAGUGCGGCCGUGGCAGAGGAGAUGCCACCUCUGGAAGGAGACGACGAUACCUCACGCAUGGAGGAAGUGGACUAGGCCCGGCGAGCUCCACACUCACCUUCAUUCCCUCUGAUAAUAUCCCCAGGAUUUUGUUUAUUUUUGUUAACAUUUAAAAAGUCUGUAUAGCAUGGCAACUACUUAAAGGGGAGGAUGAGAUUUCUUUCUACUUGUGAUACUGUGACACCGUAGGCGAAGCAGAUUAGUAAGGCUUUUUUCUAGUUUCACCUUGGUUUGGACAGGUGAAGAUGUUUGUUGUAAGCUCUAACGUGACCGGUUUAUGGUCUCAAGUGUUUAGCUAUUAAGCCAGAUUCCUUAGCAGACCAAAUCUUUUGUCAUUGGUGUGUUCUGACACAUUAUCUUGAUGUUUAAAGAAAUGUUUUUGUUGAAAUGGCUUGAGUUUCAUCAGAGAGGGUCCAAUUAGUUUUCCAUCCCUUGUAGUUAAUGCUGCAUGUGCUAGUCCUCUAGAAAUAUGUGUUAGGCUGACACAACUUGAUGGAACUCCAGGGCUUGUUUUCCAAAGAAAAGUGUAUUUAGAGAAAUACAAACUUCCCUAGAUGUUGUGUUUAAAAAACAUUAAAGCCACUCAGCAGCAGAGCUUGUGUGUGAUGUAGUGCACUCCCAGUGUGCUUUAAAAGGUAGCAAAUAUAGAUGAGUUAAAA